AACCUAGUUUGUUCCCGUCCAUUUUAAAACAGAACUGGCAGAAAUAUAUUUGUUUUGCACGAUUCAGUUUUUAUUUUUUUUAAAUAUGCUUUAUUUUGGUAAACAAUACAAGUCACUAUAUAUACAGCACCGGACACAGUCAUAGCUAUCAAUUGAUAAAGUAUGACAAGAAAAAGAGGGAAAAAAGAAAAAUUAAAAUAAUACGGUAGGUAUUUGCACGAUUCACUAACAGUCACGUCACCUGAUAACCAGGAGCGUCGGUGACGUCACCAAUCUUGAGGCGCUUUAAUUCAACAUUACCUUGUUAUGAAAAUAUAAAAGGGGUGAAUGAGAAUCCCACCCAUCUUCAGUCAUCUCAGAUGAAUCUAUAUAGUGUCUAGCUACUCUAUAAGCCGAUAGUGCCGCUCCAGUCUACCCGGAUUGCGCCUGUAAAUCCGCCGGCCGCCGAUACGAACACCUUCAGUGGGCGGAGGGGAGAGCGAGAGAGCGGCGUGGCAUGGCGGGGUUGCCGCUGCAGUGCUCAAGCCUGCUGGGCCUGGCCGAGGGUGACAUCCUGGACCCGGUGUUCCAGCAGCGGCUGGAGGACGCUCGCACGCAGCUCAGGCAGGAGAUCCAGCGGGAACUGAAGAUCAAGGAAGCUGCGGAGAGGCUCCGGCGGGCGGUGACAGGCAGGAGGAAUGCUGCCGAGGUGGAGGGCCAGCUCCGAGCCUCUGGCCGUAAGCUGGAGCAGCUGCACUGGGAGCUGCAGGAGCUGAAUGCCAGGGCUAUGGGUGCGGAGAAGGAGAGACGUGUGGACGACACGACGUCUCCUGACCCGUGCCGAUGGGUGGAGUGCACUUCCCCACUAGCCUCCCGGAUUCGCACCCUCCAGAAGCAGCUGACCAUGGAAAUAAAGGUGAAGCAGGGAGCAGAGAACAUCGUCCAGACCUACACGAGCAGCUCUGUCAAGGACCGGAAGCUGCUGUCCACGGCCCAGCAGAUGUUACGGGACAGCCGUACCAAGAUCGAGCUGAUCCGUAUGCAGAUCGUGAAGGUCACACAGGCACGGGGGGAGCGGGCAGGUGUAGACCCUGAGGGGCGCCCCCUAGAGGCCGUGAGUCCCCUGGAGCUGCGGGUAGCGGAGCUGCGACAUCACCUGAUGAUCGAGGCGGCAGUGGCGGAUGGGGCCAAGAAUGUGUGGAGGCAGCUGGGAGGACGGAAGGUGCAGGAUCGGCGCGCACUCAUUGAGGCCCAGGCUCGCUUUCUGGAGUCCUCUCAGAAGCUGGACCUCCUGCGUGUUUCCCUGGAGCGGAGGCUGACUGAGCUCCCCCCGGAGCACCCCCAGCGGUCAGCCAUCCGGGAGGAGCUGAACGGGAUCUCGCCCUGCUCGGGGUCGCAGCGCCUCCGCCUCUGCUCCUCUUCCUCCUCUUCUUCCUCCUUAUUUAAACCUGCCUCCCUCACAGGCCGGCUGGAGGUGAGGCUGGUGGGCUGCCAGGACAUGCUGGAAUUCGUACCAGGCCGUUGCCGGGCGACCAGUGUUCUGGUGACACCUGGCACCCCGGCCGAUGGCAGGUCCCUGCGGGCAAGGACAGGGCUGUCAAGUCGCAGUGGCAGAGCAAGCAAGACCGAUGAGCUCAGCGCGGAGGUGAGCGCUGUGCUCAAACUGGACAAUCGGAUAGUGGGCCGUACAUUUUGGAGACCCCCAGGCCCCCAGAACUGGACCCAGAGCUUCACUGUUGAGCUGGAGCGGUCCCGGGAGCUGGAGAUUGGGGUACACUGGCGGGACUGGAGGGAGCUGUGUGCUGUCAAGUUCUUGCGACUGGAAGACUUCCUGGACAAUAAGCGUCAUAGCCUGUGCCUGAGCAUGGAGCCCCAGGGAGCACUGACUGCCGAGGUGACAUUCAUAAAUCCUGUGAUAGAGCGCCCCGCAAAGCUACAACGGCAGAAACGCAUUUUCCCCAAGGAGAAAGGGAAGAACUUCCUGCGUGCUUCUCAGAUGAAUAUCAAUUUCGCCACAUGGGGGCGCCUGGUGAUGAGUGUGCUGCCACCCUGCGGCUCUAUGACUGCCACCAGCCCCCCCCUGCCCAUGCCGCCAUUUGAGGAUGCUGCUGCCAUGUUGACCCCCCCGGCCCUUGAGGAAAGUGCUGUAAUGAGGCUCCACUUCAGCGAGGAGAGGCAUGCAAGACCCCCCCACAGCAGCCUGGGAAAUCCCACCCCCGAGAGUCCCUUCACGGUCAUACACUCCAGCCCUACCGGCAGACGUCAGACAGAAGACGAUGUGGCCCCCAGGAUCGGGACUGCCUUCCCCACUUCUCCGCCCCAACCUGCCAUGCAGAUGGAGGACUUCAGCUGCCUUGCCGUGCUGGGCAGGGGGCACUUUGGGAAGGUCUUGCUGGCAGAAUUUAAGAACACUGGGAAAUUGUUUGCCAUUAAGGCUCUGAAAAAAGCUGACAUCAUCACCCGAGACGAAGUGGAAAGUCUUAUGUGUGAGAAGCGAAUCUUCGAGACCAUCACCACUUCGAGGCACCCCUUCCUCGUGAACCUGCACGCCUGCUUACAAACGGCUGACCACGUGUGCUUUGUGAUGGACUACUGCCCUGGAGGUGACCUGAUGAUCCACAUCCACAACAGCAUCUUCACUGAGGAGCAGACCCGGUUUUUCGCAGCCUGUGUCUUGCUAGGCCUCCAGUUCCUGCACCUACAUGGAAUUGUCUACAGCAGGGAUCUGAAACUAGACAACCUCCUAAUGGAUGCCGAUGGCUUUGUGAAAAUUGCAGACUUUGGCUUGUGCAAGGAAGGUAUGGGUCAUGGGGACAGGACAUCAACAUUUUGUGGUACCCCAGAAUUCCUGGCCCCGGAGGUUCUGAUGGAAAACAGCUAUACCCGAGCUGUAGACUGGUGGGGCAUGGGGGUUCUUAUCUUUGAGAUGCUGGUGGGAGAGUCUCCAUUUCCUGGAGACAGUGAAGAGGAGGUGUUCGACAGCAUUGUGAACGACGAAGUGCAGUAUCCCAGGUUCCUCUCACCAGAGUCUGUUUCCAUUAUCCAGAAGCUGCUGAGGAAAGUCCCAGAGAAGAGGCUGGGGGCAGGGGAACGAGAUGCUGAGGAGGUCAAGGCGCACAUGUUCUUCCAGGCAGUGGACUGGGAGGCGCUGAUGGCCAAGCGUGUGAAACCGCCGUUCCUGCCCUCCAUCAGGGGCCCGAUGGACAUCAGCAAUUUCGACAGCGAGUUCACACGCCUCAGGCCCGAGUUGACCCCCCCACAAUCCCCCUGCUUCCUCACGGCUACCCAGCAAUGUGUGUUUGCCCACUUCGACAUUCUGGUCCCGCCCUGACCGCAUGCACUUCUGCUAUGAGGCAGCAGCCUCUGGGAUUAUUGCUUUUUAUAAACCAGAAUAAAUCAGUAAUGAGGCUUCAAACCCUGAGGUGGAUGGGAUUACCGUGCACUAUUCAAUCAUUCUCAGGUUUAGGCCAAACAAAAACCAAUUAAGCAGUCAUACUGAGAGCAAGGCAAUCCCGUCCACAGUGGAUGACCUGUUCACAUUUCUAAUUCAUAUUUGUACCAUCUUUGCAUUUUUAGAGAGAGAGAGCUCCUCCCCCCAUGACCAUCUGGACAUUAGAGGUAUUCAAGGGUAAUGAGCUGUCCUUUGGUUUUGGCAGGAGCUAUUGUUUGGGACGUAUUUACAAACCACACAAGAACUCGUGCUCUAUACUGUGACGAUAUGGGGUUGUACAGAUUGUUGCCUGUAUAAACUGAGGGAAUGCAUAUGGGCUUUUCAAACUACAGUGAAUCUAAUUACUUCUGUAAAACUGACUUGAGAACCAGAACUGCUAAUUAAAAUGUUAUGUAUGAGAAAGAGGUGCAUUCUUUUGAAAUAAGGGUAUAUAUAUGAGUUCUCUUUUGAUGUAAGGAAAAAAUAAAUGAGGCAUUUUGUAUAUCGA